AUGUGGUUAGACGAAACAAUAAAUCAUUAUGAAUUAUCUCGAGAACUUGGUAAAGGUGGUUUUGCUAUAGUUUAUGAAGCACGUCGAAAAGCUGAUGGUCUUCGUGUAGCUUGUAAAAAGAUUGAUAGAAAAAAACUUGAACCAGAAAAUAUACAUAAUCAUCCAUCCUAUGGUAAUCAUCGUCAUUUAUUACCUAGUUCACGGUCAACAUCAAUGUCUGAAAGAUUAAAGGCUGAAGUAACAAUUCAUCAUCAAGUUAAACAUCGUAAUAUAGUUGAAUUAUUAAAUUGUUUUGAGGAUGAUAAAUAUGUUUAUUUAAUCCUUGAACUUUGUUCUCAUGGUGAUUUGGAACAUUAUUUAAAAGAAAAAAAGACACUUUGUGAAUCUGAGACACAAACGAUUGUUAAACAAGUUGUUGAUGGUCUUGUUUAUUUACAUAAUCAUGGAAUUAUACAUCGAGAUAUAAAACUUUCAAAUUUACUUUUAAAUGAAACAUUCGAAGUGAAAAUAGCUGAUUUUGGUUUAGCAAAAAAAAUACCAUUAACAUGUGAACAAACUAAUGAAACAAUAUGUGGUACACCAAAUUAUAUAUCUCCAGAAAUUGCAAGUCGUGCUCCACAUAGUUUUGCAACAGAUGUAUGGUCAUUAGGAAUUCUUAUUGCAACUCUAUUAACUGGACAACCACCAUUUGAUACAGAUACUGUUCAUGGAACAUUAAGUAAAGUAACACAUGAAAAAUAUGAAUUACCAACAACAUUUAGUGAAGAAGUUCAACAUCUUGUGAAUAGUACAUUAAGAAAAUUAGCUGCAUCACGACCGAAUAUAAUAGAAAUUUGUAAUCAUCCUUUUUUUUCGAAAGAUUUUUCACGUUCAUCACAAUCAAAUAAUUAUAAAUUUGCAUUAUGGGGUCCAGCCGUUGAUCGCUCUCACGAUAGUGGUUUUGCUGAAAAUAUUGGACAACAACGUUCAACAACUAGUACUGAAUCGAACUGUACAUCAAUAUCAAAAGGAAUCUAUUCUACUCAUUUAUAUUCACCAAAUCCAAUAUCUUCUCCACCAACAUUACAACAUAAUGAACCAAUAUAUAAAAGUACACCAGCUCGAAAUAAAACAUAUGAAUAUUAUGUUAAACAUUCUGCACAACAACAACCAACUUAUAUUGGACAAAGUCCAUCUUUGGAUAUAUCUUCAAGAUAUAUUGAUAAUAGUUAUAAUGGAACAAUAACUUUAAAUGAUCCUCGUCCUACAAGUGCAACAUCAUCAGUUCGAUCUCAAGAUAGUGGUGUUGCACAAUCUGAACCAAAAACUUCUAUUGAUUGUAGUGCAAAAUCUGAAUCAAGUCCAAAAGUAUCAAUUGAUAAUAGUAAUAAUCAUUAUGUAUCAAAUAAUAAUCCCUUAACAAUGGGACAUCAUAGAUUAUCAUCAUCUGAAUCAAAUCAACAUGCAUUAAUAACACAAUCUGAACAAGGUUUUAAUAUAAAUGCGGAACAAAUACGUGAAAAACUUUCACCAUUAAAUACACAACGAUUAAAACCACAUCGUCAAGCAACAAAAACAUUAAUAAUGAAUAUUAUGGAUAAUGGUGAAGUUGUACUUGAAAGUAUACGUACAAAAAGUACAAAACGUCGUAUAGUUGAUGUAUUUCGUGUAUCACCCGAUGGUUUACAUAUAAUAACAUAUAUACCAAAUAGUCGUCAUGGUUCACCAGCAAAGGAUCAUCCACCACCAAUACCACGUGAUAAAAAUGCUUAUCAACAAUAUCAUUUUGAUAGAUUACCAUCGGAAUAUUGGAAAAAAUAUCAAUAUGCUUAUAAAUUUGUUACAUUAGUUCGUUCACGUAGCCCUAAAAUAAUACUUUAUACACCUUAUGCUAAAUGUUCAUUAAUGGAAACAGGUGUAGAUUUUGAAGCUGUUUUUUUAUGCGGUGUUAAAAUAACAAUAUUUCGAGAACAUUGUAAAUCUGAUGAUUCAUUAAAAAUAAAAAUUAUAAAUAAUAAUGAUAAAUCAGAAUCAUUACUAGAAUAUGAUCGUAUUACAACACCAAAUAUAUCUGCUAUUGAACAUUUUAGCCCAGAAAUACGUCAAAUGAUUGAUAAUGCAAUUCUGUGUUAUAAAUUUUGUUUAUCAAAAGAUAAAAUUCUUGAAGAAAGUCAAAGAAAUUUUUCAUCAAUUCAAGUUUUUCCUGUUCAAUUUGGAAAAAAAAAUAUACAACCAGAUUUAAAUAGACCAAAUACUCCAAGUUCUGUUAGUCGGACACCUUUAAGUAGACUUGGUGGUUCAUCAUCAACAAUCAAUGAACCUAAUGUAGUACCUUCAUCAUCCAUUGAUACACCUUCGCCAAUAUUAUCUACUCGACUGGAAUUUGCAUCUGAAAAUGAUAUUAGAAAAGUAAAAAAUCCUUCUAAUAUCUUUUCUAUAUCAUCAUCAGCAUCACGUAUGUCUGAUUAUCAUCAUUAUCAAGUAACUUAUAAACCUAAAUCGUCUAUACAAACAGCAAAUCAAUCUCGUUCACAAUCAGUACAUCCUUCAUCAUUUUAUACACCAGAUACAUUAUCUAGUUCAUCUUUCUCUAAUCGUCCAUCAUCAACAAAUAUCAAUAAUAAUAUGUGUGCAUCAACAGCAUCACUUAAUUCAAUAACAAAUGAUGGAACAACAAUGAUAACAACACAACAAGUAAUUGGUACAAAUAAAAUGCCAUUAACUCGAAAAUCAAUAACUGAAUAUUCAAAUCGAACUUUUCGUGUAGUAUUUAGUGAUGAUAGUGUAAUGAUUAUACGUGAUGAUGCUCCUGAUGGACAAAUAUUUAUUGAUGCACAAGGUAAAUCUUAUUCAUUUGAUCGACGACAACCACAUCAACCAGAAGCAAUACAAGAGCGCUUAGCACUCUUCUAUCAAAAUGAACAUGAUUUAGGUGAUUAUACAACUUCUCAAUAA